ACUUCAUUCCACAUUCCAUGCUUGGCUAUGCCAUGCCGUGAAAUCUUCCUAUUAUGGAUAUUGGUUCCAAUAGCUUCGUCAUCCGAUCACAUCACUUUUUUCGGCAGAUAUGCGUGCAAUGUUGACUUCAAAACGGAUUACUGCACCCCUGACACAUACGUUGGACGCGCGUUCUACUAUGGUUUGGAAGAUGGCGGCGGAAUAACAACAAAUGGUACUUUUGUCAACUCUGAUAUUACGGUCGAGUUUUUUGAUCCAACAGUACAGGGGAACUUUUCAAUUGGCCGGCAAGACGGGAAUUAUAUGUCAAGCAUGCUGGACAUUAUGCUUGCCGAUACAAAAAAGAAUGAUGGGUUGUUGGGCGUAGUCGGAGUGGAGAAUGAUUGUAAAGAAAUUGCGGCUCUCGCACAAGCCUACGAUGCUUCAAGUUUGCUUGUGAAUUGUGAAGAUCAAGUUGGAGAAUCGCAAAUGCCGUCAUCAACUGCACUUCAAAUGUCGUCGACUCAAGGAGGAAAAUACAGAGCUUUUGCCAAGCUUGCGAAGUCAGUUGGCUGGAAUAACCUGGCAGUGAUAAACUUCGUGGAAGAUGGUCCUGCAGAUAUAUCCUAUCAUGAUCAACUUCUGGAUGCGUUGUCUGCUGAAAGCAUCUCGUUAGACUUUGUCAAAAAAGGUGGUUUUUCGUCAACCAUCACCAGUGCGAUGUUUACCGGAUUGGAAUCUGUAAUCGAUGUCAUUCUGGAGACGUACAUGAAAACACGGAUUUAUGUAAUUGUGUUGGACUUACCAGUAUCGGGGACCUUUUUCAUGAAUGCAAUGUCUACAAUGGGAUUGUUGGAGACCGGAAAGUAUUUUGUAGUUAUGAUGUCAUCAAUUGAAUCGGACGCGGCAAACUAUUUUGGCUUUAACGUCAAUCGAGGUAACAUGAUUUUCAAGACAAUCGACUACGGUAUAUCCGAUGCCGACAUUCGUCAGUAUUACCGAUCAUUUAUGUACUUCACAGACGUUCCACAUUAUACCAAAGACUUCAGUGACGAAUGGACUUCAUUCCAAAAACGAGUGGACGGAGACGCGUCAAAGACCUUCUGCCCUCCGAUGUGCAAUACAAAAGCAAAGGGAAUCGCCAACAAUGAUCCGUGGUCGGAUGACGCGUAUUGGUAUUCCGAGAGCCCAUCAAUAGUUGAUGCAUAUGACUUGGGAAGGUUACUUUCGGAAACUGUAAAAGUUCACGGAGCAUCACUACUGAGAGAUCCGGAAUCAUUAGUCCAGACAAUGUCGGGAAGAGGAGUUACAUCCCUACUUGGAUAUGUUACAAAGUUCAACACCAAUGGAGUUUCCCAACGAGAGUACAUUCUAUGGGCUCCACAACAAGCUUCCAGCUCAAAUGGACCCAUCCCUUUGCCUGAAUGGGCAACUCUGGCUGCCAGAAUGCUUCCGGAUGGAAAAGGAAAUUAUUCGAUAAUUUGGAAGAAUCUAACACAACUUGGAAUCUUCAAUGGCGAGCUUCCCCAGUCGAAGCCCGAAUGUGGAUUCAACAAUGAGCUGUGCCCCGCGGGAAUUCGUAACCUGUCAGAACUCGAGAUCAUCGUCAUUGCGGUUUGUGUGGUUGCAAUUCUGAUACUAGUCGGCGUGAUUGCAUAUAUUGCAAGAUGGAUUGCUUAUGAACGGCGACUCGAGUCGUCGUACUUUUUGGUACACCGAAAACAUGUUCAACUGGUUGACAUGACGAAAUUCGGAUCUAGCAGAGGAGGAAGCAUGAUUCAAAGUGCGAUGAGUAUGAGAUCACAAUAUGAAGAUUCUGGUCCAGUUGGCGGCGCGACGAUGAACUUUUACACAAAUGGCAUCAGAAAAGCAGCGAUAAGAAGGAACCAAAUGCAGCGAAGCGAUAAGGGACCAGCUGCGAACCGUGAUGAGUGGCUGGAAAUUGUCGAUUGGCAUCUGGCAAAAUAUGAGAAUACGUUGGUCACUGUUCGUAAGAUCAACAAGACUCAACUGAAGUUGACGAGGGAGAUGAAACAGGAAAUUGAUUUGUUGAUGAAUGAGACACAUGAGAACUUGAACCGAUUCUUUGGACUCAUCAAUGAAAGUGACCUCAUCUUCACAAUACAUUCGUAUGGCCCAAGGAAAAGUUUGAUGGAUCUACUCCGAAAUGACGACCUCCGCCUGGAUAGAAUGUUCAAAGUGUCAUUCGUCGAGGAUGUCGUUAAAGGUCUUCAGUUCCUCCACGAAGGCUCAAAAAUUGGAUACCAUGGGAACUUGAAAAGCUCGAAUUGUAUUGUUGACGCAUAUUGGAGAAUUAAGCUGAGCAACUACGGAAUGGAGCAGAUACGUGUUGAAGAGCCAGAGUCUAAGCCGGAUGACUUGCUAUGGUUCGCACCGGAAAUCAUACGUCGUUACGCAGUCAAACAUGAUUUGUCAAAGUUGGAGUUGGCUAAAGCGGAUAUCUACUCAUUGGCCAUCGUAUUGUAUGAAAUUUACGGAAGACAGGGUCCAUUUGGAGAUGAUUUAUUGGAUUCUGAUGAAAUUAUCGAACAGUUGAAGUUUCCUGAUGGAGGAGCUUUAACCAGACCUGAUAUUCACCUAAUCACCAAAGCUCCCUAUCCUUUGGCUUCUGUUGUGGAAAAGUGUUGGGUAGAAGAUCCAGCCAGUCGGCCAUCAAUCAAGAAAGUUCGUGAGCUGUUGAAGCCGUUGAGCAAAGGAUUGAAAGGAAAUAUUGCUGAUAACAUCAUGAACCUACUGGACCGCUACCGUAAUAAUUUGGAAGAUGUCAUCAAAGAAAGAACAGAACAACUUGAAGAUGAGAGAAAACGAAAUGAAAGUCUCCUUCUCCAACUUCUUCCAAAAUCAGUUGCAAACAGUCUGAAGAAUGGUCAACCCGUGGAUGCUGAAUUUUAUGAUAGUGUUUCCAUCUACUUUUCGGACAUUGUGGGCUUCACUGCGUUGAGCAGCAAGAGUACACCAUUGCAAGUUGUCAACAUGCUCAACAACCUGUACACUAACUUUGAUACCAUCAUCGACAAGUUUGAUUGUUACAAGGUUGAAACCAUCGGUGAUGCUUACAUGUUUGUAUCUGGUCUUCCGGAAGUUAACAGCUAUCUUCAUGCAGGAGAGGUUGCGUCUGCUAGUUUGGAACUUUUGGAUAGUAUAAAGACAUUCACUGUGAGUCACUGCCCUGAUGAGAAGCUCCGUUUGAGAAUUGGUAACCACACUGGGCCUGUUGUCACCGGUGUUGUAGGAAUUCGUAUGCCACGUUACUGCUUGUUCGGUGACACUGUAAUCAUUGCGAAUAUGAUGGAAAGUAGUGGAGAGCCAAUGCGAAUCCAAAUCUCAAGCGACGCCUACGAACUGAUCUUGAAGUGUGGUGGAUAUGUGACUGAGCAACGCGAAAAGAUUGUGCUAAAGAAUAAGUUGGAAGUGAUGACCUACUGGAUGAAUGACUACUCGAAGGAUGCGCGACUCGCAAGAUUGGUGGCUCACCAGGAGAAGUUCCCACAUCUGGAACAUCUCAUUCACAAGUUCAACAAGGGAGUCCGUUGAUCUCUAAGGUUAAAAUGAUCUCACACCAGUUAAUAAAUAAUUUGUUCA